AUGUACGCCAAGUUAUUUAUCUUAUGCUGCGCGUGCGCCGUGGCGACAGCGGCACCCGGUAUUCUUAACGGCGGCUAUGGUGGUCUAUCUUACGGAUCGCUGGGAUCCCUUGGACUGGGACUGGGACACUCCAUCGCUGCUGCUCCCGUAGCUGUGGCUGCACCAGUCAUCAAGACCUACGCUGCACCAGUUGUUAAAGCUGUUGCAGCUCCGGUUGUACAGGCAGAACCUAUUGACCCGAACCCCGCCUACAGCUACGCUUAUGGUGUAGCUGACCCUUCAACUGGUGACCAGAAGGAAGCCAAGGAGACCCUCCAGAAUGGUGUGGUUCACGGAUCAUACAGUCUGGUGGAGCCCGACGGUCACGUCAGGAAAGUUACCUAUACUGCCGACAAAAUAAACGGAUUCAACGCCGUCGUUGAAAGAAGUGGUGCCACCCACGGUGCACCCGUCGCCAUUGCUGCUCACGCACCUGUAGCCAUUGCCGCUCCAGUCGCCGUUGCUGCGCCCGUUGCCAAACUCAGUCUGGGCUCAAUCGGCCACCCAUGGCGCUAG